AUGGCUCAUAUUGAGAAAGAUGGAAAGCACGAGGUGGAAAUGCACGAAAUCAUGCCCGAGAAAGGCAUAGAUGGAGUCGCCGUGGAGAAAGACGCGUUCGGUGCGCGCAAGAAGAUCGAUCCCAAAGAGAUCAAGCUCGUGAGAAAGCUCGACACAUACAUCAUGCCUACCCUCUGGAUCAUGUACUUCUUCAAUUUCUUGGACCGCAAUGCCAUGAUCAACGGCAAGCUAAACGGUUUGGACAAGGACCUUGGCCUCACUGGAACGCAAUACAACACAUGUGUUUCGAUCCUCUUUGUCGGCAACAUGCUUCUGAACAGAGUCCGGCCAUCUAUAUUCAUGUCCGGCUUCAUGAUGGCGUGGUCAAUCGUCAGUCUCUUGACCUACCUAUGCCACGACUUCGGCACGAUGCUGGCCUGUCGAUUCUUGCUCGGAAUUACAGAGGCUCCGUUCUAUCCUGGAGCAUUGUAUAUGAUCAGCAUGUUCUACACUAAGAAAGAGUUGGCAACCAGAAUGUCCAUCAUGUACACUGGCAACAUGCUUGCAAGCUCCUUCUCUGGACUCAUCGCAGCACCAAUCUUCUCUGAACUGGAUGGCGUCAACAGCCUUUCUGGAUGGCAGUGGCUAUUCAUUAUCCAAGGAGCAUUUUCCAUCGCCGUCGCUAUAGUUGCGAUAUUCGUGCUGCCAGACAGCCCGCUCAAAACUCGUUGGUUGACUCACGAAGAGAGACAGCUCGCUCAUCAUCGCAUUUUCGAUGACACCACUGGCCGAAGAUCGGAAGACUCCAGCGUGUGGAAAGGCCUGCGUGAAGCAGUCAUGGAUCCCAAGACAUGGCUGUUCUGCCUCAUGGACAAUCUCCACCUCUCUGCGAACGGUUUCAAGAACUUUCUUCCAUCUGUGGUCAAGACAUUGGGCUUCAACACGACUAUCAGCCUUGCUUUGACCUGCCCGCCAUAUCUUGUUUCCGGCUUCAUCAGUAUUUGGGUGUCCUGGAGCUCGGGCCGCUACAACGAGAGGACCUGGCAUACCACCAUCUCGAAGCUUGUCGCCUGUGUCGGGUUCGCCGUUGCCGCUGGAACAACUAGCGUCGCAGGCCGUUACGUUGGCAUCAUGUUGUUCGUAGGAGCGACAUACGGCGUCAACAAUAUCGUGCUAUCCUGGGCCGCAUCAACACUCGGGGAGACUGAUGAGAAGAAAGCUGUCGCCAUCGCCAUGACCAACACUUUUGGCAAUCUGGCAUCUGUCUACACACCCUACCUCUGGCCGGAUUCCGACUCCCCUCGCUUUAUCAAGGCUUUCUCGGCCAGCAUUGCUUUCUCGCUCGGCGUUUGUAUCUGCGCGUGGGCCAUGCGGAUUAUUCUGAUGCGGAAGAACAAGAAGCUGCUGAGAGAGAACCCAGGGGCUGUCAAGUUGUGGGUGUACUAA